CAAAAACUUAGUUCUAGAAAAGAGCUCGAUAAGCAAUGGUACUAAGAAGUUAAAUUUCGAAAAAAUUGCCAUAAUCCAAAUGUCCUGCAGAAAAAAAUUGUGUUUGCAUUACGAAAACCGAUUCGAUGUGGAGACAUCCUAAAACAAAAAAAUCUCUUUAUGACAAUAAAAUUGGGAAAAUUUACAUUCUGAAGAUGUGAGAAAUUGAUGUUUUGUAUCACCUAUUUGAGCAAUCUAAGCCGGUGCACUAUACUAAUGCACGAAUUUGAGGUGAAAAACAAAACGCAUGUAAAAAACGAUAAAUAAAUGCACAUAAAAAAGGUAUCUAUAAACUGCGAUAUACAAUUGAGCGUCUUUUCAAAACUCGUUUUUAUAACAGUAUAAUGUUAGCUAUCGUACUUAUCGGUUGGUUUACUUUCGCAGGUGCCAAUCACUGCAUUCCUCGAAAAUUUGAGAAAGACCGUAUUGUCUGCGUUUGCAACUCCACCUAUUGUGACUCAACCCCUGAAAUGUCUCCAGACCCCGGGUCUUUCCAUUGGUAUGUUUCCUCAAAAGCUGGACAGAGAUUGAAUUUGACAACAGGAAAAAUAGGUAACACUAAAGAAGGAUCUACAAUAUUGACUUUAAAUCCCGAAAAACGAUAUCAGACGAUACAAGGUUUUGGUGGAGCCUUCACUGACUCUGCAGGAAUUAACAUUAAAAAUCUUAGUGACGCUUCUCAGCAAAAAUUACUAGAGACGUACUUCAGCAGAACAGGCAGCAGAUAUAAUUUAGGUCGAAUUCCUAUUGGUGUAACUGAUUUCUCCACAAGAUACUACUCCUAUGAUGACAUUCCUAAUGACAUUCUUUUAGAAAACUUUAAUCUUGCACCAGAAGAUACAGAAUACAAGAUUCCAUUGGUGCAAAAAGCUAUCGAGCUUAAUCCGGAAUUGUUAUUCCUUGCAGCAGCAUGGACAGCACCUUCUUGGAUGAAAACUACCAACAAAAACACUUUAAAAGGUAACCUAAAAGAAGAAUAUUUCCAAGUCUUCGCCGAUUAUCUCCUCAAGUUCCUGACCGAAUAUGAAAAACAUAAUAUCAAAUUUUGGACAAUAUCUACAGGCAAUGAGCCAUUGGCGAAGUUUGUUUCGAUGGGCUGGAAGUCAGAAGAUAUUGGUACUUUCAUUGCCAACAAUUUGGGUCCUUCUUUAGCAAAGUCUCAGCACAAUAAAACAAUGAUACUGACUUUGGAUGACCAGAAGUUUUAUCUGCUUUCGUCAAUUGAUGAGAUAUUCGAAAACAAAGAAGUUGACAAGUUUGUUAGUGGAAUUGGCUUCCACUUUUACACUGACAUCAUCAUACCAGCUUUUGUAUUGAAUCGAACCCAUAAGAAAUACCCGGAGAAGUUCCUCUUAAUGACGGAAGCUUGCGAAGGGUUUUAUCCAUGGCAAACUCAAAAGGUUCUCUUAGGAGAUUGGAGUAGAGGAGAGAGUUAUGUUAAAAAAAUGUUCGAUAAUCUGAAUGAAUGGACAACUGGCUGGGUCGACUGGAACCUAGCACUGGACAAAGAUGGAGGACCCAAUUGGGUCAAUAAUUUCGUAGAUGCUUCAAUUAUUGUAAAUCCAGAGACUGAUGAGUUUUUCAAGCAACCACUGUAUUAUGUUAUUCACCACUUCAGCAGAUUUGUACCCCGUGGGUCAGUGCGGCUUGAGCUCAAUGACAACUCGAUAAUAUUCCAUUCGCUGACUUAUAUAGCCUUCGAAACCCCGCAGAAGGAGACUGUGGUUUUGAUAUAUAACAAGAGUGGUAGUUCUCAGAAGGUGGACAUAAUUGAUGAGAGAAUCGGCAUCAUAACCCUGGACUUACCAGGGAAAUCGCUAAGCACAAUUAUUUAUCAAGCGUAACGAUACAACCUGUACAUUAGCAGAAACUUAAGAAUGAAAUUGUUAAAAAAAUGAAGAUUGACUAAUUGUAAAAAGAAAUAGUACAGCAUGGAAAUUAAAAUUUGGAACGAA